GCAGUCGGAGCCGAUGCGCCACCCAUUCAUUUAAACAGACAAGUCCAGACACACACCGACCGUCAGCCGGACAAACAGAGGCUGUGAACGCCGCUCGGGCAGCCGGUGACGCGGACAGCCGUCGACCCUGACACCGCCGAGGACCAGACAACCGGCAGGCAGCGCCUCGGACGGCUGGAGGAAGGGGAGAGUCUCCGGUUCAAAACUCGCUCCGCCAGAUUCCUCUAAGAAGCAUCGCCGGCAACAAACAAAACUACCUGCGGAGACUAUCAGCCGCGGAUGUUCUGGCUGCAGGGUUCGGGGCAAUGACUCUGGAGGAUGAGCUGACGACGGCCGCAGCGAAAGGGAACGCGGCCGAGGUGGAGGAGCGUCUGGCGGCCGGAGCCCAAGUUAACGGACGGAACCGCUUCGGAAGAACCGCUCUGCAGGUGAUGAUGAUGGGGAGUGCGGCGGUGGCCCAGGUGCUGCUGAGGCACGGAGCGGACCCGAACGUGGCGGACCAGACCACGGGCGCGACCCCGCUGCACGACGCGGCCCGGACCGGCUUCCUGGACACGGUGCGUCUGCUGGUUCAGGCCGGAGCGGACCCGCAGGCCCGAGACAAGGCGGGCCGCUCGCCGGGAGAUGUGGCCCGGCAGGACGGCCACGCGGACGUCGCUGCUUUCCUGCAGAGGCUCACAGCUCCGGCGGACUGAUCCUGCAGGACUGUUAACAGGCCGGAACCGGCCUUUAAACUAACUUAAGUGAUGCUUUUAGAUUAUUAUUUAUAUUUAUUUGCAAUAUAUAUUAUCUUUAAGAUGGACUACUUGCAUUUUAUUUUAAUAUUAUUAAUAAUAUUACAAAUUAAGAGUGUUUAUUGCGUCAUGAAUCUGUUGUUUUUAUUGUCAGAGACUGCAUUUAUACAGGAAGAAAAAAAGAUCCUGUAUAAAUAUAUUAUUACUAUUAAAUUAUUUUGUAAAAAAAUAAUGAUCCCAUAUUUAAGUUAUAUUUGAAAUAUUUCACAUCAAAGUUGAGUCUGUAAUUGAAUGAUGGUUUGCAUUAAAUGUGGACAACAAUCCAUAAA